GCAGUAUCAGUUGCAGCCUGCCACUGAAUGCCCGAGAUCUUAACGUUCCUUCGUUAUUCCUGAGAUCCCUCCCAGUUCUUAGCGGGAGCCUGUUGCCCCUUAUAAUCUCCACGAAGCCAAUAGCCACUGCUCAACAGCGAGCCGACUUCUGUCUUUCGUCUCGAUACCGUCGACCGGUUCCCCGCACCGGGCGUUGAUCAGGGACCUGGAGGCCAUCAGAAUUUAGUGGCUACAUCUAGCCGAGUCAAUACCUGCAGGCGAUCAACUUCCCUAGACCGACUACAAGCCUCGUAUUCUCUUGAGCGAAAUACGAUCCUACCUGUCACCGUCAAUUCAGACAUUACGCUGUCGGUUAGCUUAGCUUGAGGAAGAACAACCACGAUGUUCCGCGCACAGCAGAACGCUUUUGAUGACGCAGUCGCCAAGGCGACUGACGAAAAUCUGACAUCGGAGAAUUGGGAAUAUAUUCUUGAUGUGUGCGAUAAAGUUGCGGCGGAGGAGUCUGGUGCGAAAGAUGCCGUUGCGGCUCUGAUCAAGAGACUUGCGCAUAGAAACGCGAAUGUACAACUGUAUACUCUGGAGUUGGGCAAUGCUUUGGCACAGAAUUGCGGUCCGAAGAUACACCGUGAACUGGCUUCGCGAAGCUUCACGGAUGCCCUGCUCCGUCUUGCUAGUGAUAGAAACACCCACCAGCAGGUCAAGGCAAAGAUUCUAGAGCGUAUGCAAGAGUGGACAGACAUGUUUUCAAGUAACCCAGACUUCGGUAUUAUGGAGCAAGCAUAUAUGAAGUUGAAGACACAGAACCCGAACCUGCAGCCCCCUUCAAAGCCCGUGAAGACAGAGAUAACGGAUGCGGAUCGUCAGAAAGAAGAGGAGGAAUUGCAAAUGGCGCUAGCGCUCUCAAUUAGAGAAAAGAACCCUGUGGCCCCUGAGCCAAAGCCGGAGUCAAGUACUUCUAGUGCUGCUCCUGCCAGCCAGGCACAAGCUCCGACACAUCAGGCGGUUCCUUCUGGUACUUCUGCUGCCACGGUCUCGCGAGUUAGGGCGCUCUAUGACUUCCAGCCUUCAGAACCUGGCGAACUACAAUUCCGCAGAGGCGAUGUCAUUGCAGUGCUCGAAUCCGUGUAUAAGGAUUGGUGGAAAGGCUCUCUAAGAGGGCAAACAGGCAUUUUCCCCCUCAACUAUGUUGAAAAGCUCCCUGAUCCUACAGUUGAAGAGUUACAGCGGGAAGCUCAGAUGGAAGGCGAGGUGUUCGGCCAGAUAAAGAACGUUGAGAAAUUAUUGACACUCCUCAGCACGCGUAGCACCGAACCAAACGUUCAGGAUAAUGAGGAAAUCACGGCCCUGUACCACUCAACUUUGGCAAUUCGACCUAAGCUGAUUGAGCUCAUCGGCAAAUAUUCUCAGAAAAAAGAUGAGUUUACCCAACUUAAUGAGAAGUUCAUUAAAGCGAGACGGGACUAUGAAUCUCUUCUGGAGGCAUCCAUGUCGCACCCCGCCCAGCCUCCGUAUGGCAGGCCUGGUCCAUCCCAGUAUGGGUAUCCCGGGCCUGCGGCAUCCAUGGGCUAUCCUCAGGGCCCUCCGCAAUCUGAUCCUCAAAGAUAUUUCAGCCCUCGGCCUCAAGAAACCCAAUCACACCAGCCCAAUACAUCCCCUUACUACGGUGCAGACCAAGCGCCUAUGUACCCUCCGCCGUCUCAAUCCCCCGAUCAACGGAACUGCACACCCCCAGCUGGAGCAUCCUAUCAGCCUGUGCAUCAUCGACCAGAAUCAACAUAUGAACACCCGCAAGAACUGGGAACAUCUGUUUAUGACUCCCCUGUGGAGCAUCCUUCCGCAAGCCAACGGCUUCCAUAUCCUGCUAGUGGACAAGCCCCGCCGGCUGCCCAGCCACCCUUCCAGCAACAUCAGCAGCAACAACAACAACAACAACAACAACAACAACAACAGCAACAACAACAACAGGAAUACCCCCCUUAUGCCCCUGAGGAUGCAGCUAAGCCACAGGCCCCGUACCCUACAGGCUCAGCUUCCAAUCAACAACCACCAAUGCAUCAGCCACCCCCUGUCCCAGGCACAUCGUCAACACCGACACCUUACCCUUUAACCCCCGGAGCAGGAGGCUAUCAAGCAUACAACCCAUCGCAAGGAACGGCGCCUAACUCCAACCCGGCUUCAUUUUAUCGCUAAUAGCUAGCGGCGAGGCUUACAAGAUCUGAAUAUCAUGAUUUCACCUAAUGGAAUGGCGUAUUGGCACCAUUUUCCCAUUGAGGUUUGUGUAACGCGAUGAGGGUUUGAUGCUUGGUCUCGGGUCUAGGCGAGCGCCGGGGGAUUGCUUUUUCUUGUUCUGUUACAUUAGCCUGCUUUGUCGAUCUUGGUAGCCGUGUGUUCAAUCAUUUACUUGCGCUCUGUUUUGUGCCUAGCCAAAUGACGAAUAUGGACGUUUGCCAUGUGUUCGAUGCACUUCGUUUGAAUAUGCAGAUGGAAUCCGCAUAGUCGCAACAGUUCAGAAUCAGAAAUGAUCACGAUAUGGCUAGACUGAUCUGCAUCCCAGUAGUAUGUCCA